GUUGCUGAUUAGAGGUAACGUUGAGGCGAGUCAGAGCGCUCCAGGGCAGGGCCGCAGCCAGUCUCAGGGACUUCCAGAGGGCAGCUGCGUUGCCUGCGACGAGGAGCUUGACGCAGCGCACUCUAGCUCCUGCAAGUGUUCAGCCACAAUUACGUCUUCUUCAGGGAGUGUGAGAGGCGCCGGCGGCAGCGGUGACGGGGCGGCUCCCUCCGCCAUGAGCGGAUCUAAUGUGGACGUUCCUGUGGGCGAUGCCCUCCUGAUGGCGCAGCGUCAAAUGCUGUCGUCGCUACCGCCCGCGCUCUUCCUGCGGGCGUCGGAGCGGUAUCAGCGCACUCCAAAAUGCGCCCGCUGCCGCAACCAUGGCGUGGUAUCAGCACUCAAAGGUCACAAACGCUACUGCCGAUGGCGCGAUUGUAUUUGCGCAAAGUGCACGCUAAUCGCCGAGCGGCAGCGGGUGAUGGCAGCGCAGGUAGCGCUCCGGCGGCAGCAAGCGCAGGAGGAGAACGAGGUGCGAGAUCUGUCGUUGUUAUACCGGUCCCCCGUCACCUCCGGCAGCAGCAGCAAUGGCAGCCCAGCCGCCGCAGCCGCUGGCGGAGGUGGCGGCCCCACGCCCGCCCCGCCGCCCGUUACCGCUGACCCCUUCUCCCCGGAGCUGCUCCUACCUCCCCACCUCGCGCUAUCCAUCUCCCUCCAGCAGCACCACCACCAGCAGAGACCUAUCUACACCUCACCUUCGUCGUCUUCUUCAGAUCAACUCUCCCCAGGUAAGUAA